AUGUCAUCAACUGAAGUUAAAUUUGUACCAAUAACAAUAACAAAGGUGGCUGAGCAUCCAUUCUCAUCCACAGUUCCAGCCAUUCCAUGGGAAGAUCCUAACCACAAAAUUUCCCCUUCAGAACCUUCUGUUGGGGACAACUUGACAGCUGAUGAGGCAAGAUUUCUCCUAACAACGAGGAUAAUGUCAAAUGGUGUUGGGGUUAUUGUUGCCGGCGAACAAGGACCUAAGACACUCAAUCCAACAACCGUUGAAGGUGGAAUGCAAUUAACACUGCCACUAGAGGGUACCUUUGAGAUUAGCCCCAGUAAAACUUGCUCCAGUAGCACCUUUAGCCAGACACCUAACCUCAAUCAACCUGAUCCAAGACAGACUGUCGACAGCAGCGCCAUUACACCAUCAACAGUACGACAGCAAAUUAACAGUACAAAUCCAUUUGCUGCUCUUGUACCGGUUAUCAGUGCCGUUGCUGGUCUUCUGGCCACAAUACGACGUUCAGAUAUUACUCCUCCAGUUAGUACUUCAGUAGCAGAACAUCCAACCGUCCAACCAAUCUACACGGAACGGAAGAUGUACAUUCCUCUGAAGGCGCAACAGCAACAGGGAAAUCUACCGAAUCACCUAACACCACCACUUGCACCACCAGCCGCUAGAUGGCUGUCUGAGGAGGCCCAUAGGCAAUUGCUAGGAAUACCAAUAUCACCAGGUGAUGUGAUAACGGCCAAUUCGGAUGUUGUUGUAGGACGACCAGCUGGAUUGGGUCCAAGGGCACCACCUAGACGUCCUCCAUCUGCCGUUGGUGGUCCACAUAUUCUCGAAAUACGCAAAAUACCCCAGGUCUACCACACUGAUCUACCCCCAACGCCCCUCUUGGUUAAUCUCCAACCAUCCCAAGUGGCCAAUGUCCUAAUUCCACAUGGUAGUAGUGCAGCUGUUGUUGUUGCAGCUGCCCUCGAACCACUCAGUGUUGCUGCAACACCAUCCGUUCGGCGUGAAGCUACAGCUGCUGUUGGUAGGGCUUCGGAACGCCAUGAAGUUCAUCGACCACCGGAACAUCUGAUACCACCACGUCCACCAAAACGUCAACGUCGUCCACCACCGCCACCGCCUCCACUGCCACUGGACAUUAUGGCACCGCCAACACCACAAAUUGACACACAAACUGAACACAAUACCCUCUUUGCCAUUCGACAUCGUCCUGUCAAUGUGGCAUCGCAGCAAUCUGUUAUGUCACCACCAUUGCCGCCCAUUCGAAUGCCACCUAAACGCUUUGCAGCAGCCAUUUUGUCGGCUUCAGCAACAUCAACGCCUAAAAUAGUUUUUACUGCCCCUACAAUUCCUACAAUGAUCAACACAGUAUCACCAUCGCCACAAACAACAACAACAACAUCAAGAACUACAACACCUUCAACACCUUCAAGUACACCUGGGACAACUCCAGCUCGACGAACCACCAUUAAGACAAUCUUCUUUGGGGCUAGAUCAACAGAAAGAUCAGCAACAACCAAAAUGGCCACCACAAAAGGCAGAUGGAAGACUAGUAAGAUACCAAGUAGAGUGACAGAAAAGAUGACAACGACAUCAGCAGCAGCGCCACUGACAACAGCGUCAUCGACAACAAUGUCACCGGCAACAUGGCCACCAACAACAACGCCAUCUACAGCAAUUGUAUCGAAGGUAAAAGAAAUGGCAAUUGCCAACUACAUCGAUGACAAUGAUGACUACAAUUUAUACGAAAUUUACACGCUACAACCUGAGAUGACAAUGGUGAAGAGUACAACAGUUGCACCAGAAAGGUCAUCAACAGUAUCAUCAACAAGACCAACAAAAUUAUCACCAAAAACACCAUCCUAUUCCAUUUUAAUCCGAAAUAUCGGGCAGAAUGCAACAAUUAGGACUAAAUCAACAAAACCAACAACAACAACAACAACAACACCACUUGAGUCUCUCUAUCGUAGCACAGAAUCAACAAUAUUGGCUAUGUCAUCGUCAUCGACAGCAAAAUGGCAAGAUAGGACAACAACAGCAUCUAGAUCAACAUCAACGAGAUUGACAACAACACCUCAACGAAAAUUCAUGACACUUUUGUUGACAAAAGGACCAAAAGACCGAACAACAACACAUCCAAUGCUACUGGCAACGCCACCGACAAUACAACGGACAUCAACUCAACGGACAACAACAUCAACAACAGCAAAAUCCAGUGAACCAAUGUCAAUUGAAUUGGUCGUGGGUACUGCAGGACAUGCAAGGCCAUCAGUUCAUGUGGUACCAGCUGUUCCAGUUGAUGUACCACCAAUUCGGGAUGAACAGGAACCACCUGAAGUUAGUCGUGUACUACUUGGUGGUGUUCUCAUAGCAUCACCACCACAACCAACAACCAGAGCACCAGUUGAUGGUGGAAAUAGUGGUCAGAUUGUGGGCAGUUGUUGGCCACCGUGUAGGGCUCAUAGGAAUGAGGACCAAGUCCUCGACACCGUGCAACUCAUGUGUAAGAAGUUCGAGAUCACCAAUGAGUUUGUAGAUGGAAGGCCAGGAUAUGCUUGGUUCAGGAAGUUUUUGAAGAGACAUCCAGAAUUAAGCCGUCGUAAACCAGAAUCAUAUACCACCCAAAGAGCCUGUGUUACCACUGCGGACAUCACUGAGUGGUUUGAGAAAACCCGUGAAUACUUAGAAUCGAAAGAUCUUCUGGAAUUCCCUCCUGAUCGAAUCUUUAAUCUAGACGAAACUGGUGUUAUGCUUUCUCCCAAAGGCGAAAAGGUGGUCCAUUCUCCACUGAGCUUUAGCUCAGUGGAGAAUGGAAAAUGA